ACGGGGUGGUUCAACUAAACUCUGAGAAGAGAGCAGGCGGUGGAUGGUUGUGAAAGGCUAUCAGGAAAUAUAUAUAUAUAUUAGCUUGACUAAACUUGCUAUGGCUGAAGAAGAAGUACCAACCUCAAUUGAAGACGAAGAACCAGAAGAGACCCCGGGUUACAAGCCUCCCGCUCAGAAAACUUUGGACGAAAUUCAAAAAUUGGACGCAGAGGACGAGUCUUUGGUUAGGUAUAAGCAAAUGUUACUCGCCGGUGCGGAGACAGCAGCUGAUGAUGAUGGCGGUCCCAACGUCAAAGUCUUAAAAAUGUCAGUGAUCGUGGAAGGUCGUCCCGAUAUCGAGUUGGAUCUGUCAGGAGACCUGAGCAAACUUAAAGAGAAACCAAUAGUCAUCAAAGAGGGGACCAAUUACAAAAUCAAAAUAACAUUUAAGGUGGUGCGUGAAAUUGUGGCUGGUCUUAAGUUUCAUCAAGUAUCCUACAGGAAAGGUAUAAGAGUUGACAAAAGUAGCUUGAUGGUUGGAAGCUAUGGUCCAAAAGCAGAUCCUCAAGAAUACUUAACACCAUUGGAUGAAGCACCGAAGGGAAUGCUUGCUCGAGGCCAUUACACGUUGAAGAGCAAGUUUGUCGACGAUGACAAGAUCAGUUACCUUGACUGGGAAUGGGCCAUUGAUAUUAAGAAAGAUUGGGAAUAACAGCUAUUUGACAAUUGUCGAGAUGAAGAAAAUGGUUUUUUUUUGGAAUGUAUGUAGGAAUGCAGUCUAUGUAGAAAACUUUUUAUGUUUGAAUUUGAUGCUUCACUGUAAGCACUUUUUGUCAAGGUAACAUUUUUUGACUGACAGUGACUAACAAAAUAAGAAAUAAUUACAAACUUAAUGUUAAAAUCUGUAUAAAGAUGUUUUCACAAUAUCUCAAGUCUUUUUUUUU